AUGUUUGACGAGAAAGAGGGGUACAGCAGCAGACUUCGUUUGCUCAAUCAGUUCACGCAACAAGACUCCGAUUAUUCCGAAACGGAGAAACUCUUUGUGAAAACAAAUGAACUUCAAUACAACAAACUUCUCAUUCAAAUUUCUGAGAAGAUGGCCAAGAGCAAAAAAACACUCGACACUGAGCAAUCCACAUUCCUUAGAUGUCUUUCCUUAUCACUUAAAGUCUUCGACAAAAUGGCUUUCCGCCAGAUCACAAGUCAAAAGUUCUUUGAUGUCUGGAAAUCUCUUUUGGUACCAACCACCCCGACUAAAGUGAAAACAGUUGCCUUCGAAGCCCUUGUCGAUGGACUUACUGUGUGUGCAAUCAAACCAAACGACUGGACUGAAAUCUUUUUCAAGUGUUUGGAUUUGAGUGUUUUCAAACGCCCGGAGGAUAAAAGCGUUCUUGAUGAAACGGGAGAAACGCGAUUUCAAAUUAUGACGCAUUACUUGUCGUAUUUCAUGGAACACGUGUUUCUCACAGAAGACUCUUUCAUUUCGCUGUUUUCAUUUUUCAAAAACAUUCUUGAGGAUCUUUACUUGAAGAAAGGUGAAGACGAUGAAGUCAAUAAUGAGGCCCACACCAAAAUUGUCACCGCACUCACUAAACUCAAAUUUUCACAUGUCGUGUAUUUAAGUCGAUAUCAAAACACAAUGGACGUUCUCGAGAAGGUCCUUGAAGUGAUUUGUAGCAAGAUGUUGGCUGGCGGUGACAAUACAAGUUCUUAUCAAAUCAAUAUGGACGCUUAUGUUGUCAUCAUCGAACAUUACAUUACUGGUGACUACACCAAUGACUUGCAGUCGAGACUUGAAAAGAAGUCUGACGCUUCAAACUCGAAUAUGGUGAUGAUUUCUCCCGAGCGAUUUAAAGAAUUCCAAAAGACGGUGUUAAAACAAAUAGAAGCCAUGUUACUUCCUUUAAGCAAAGAGAACAAGAAGAUCGACGACUCGUUCUAUUCGUUUCUCACUGUUGUGAGAAGGAUAUUCACUGACUUCAUCAAGCACUCAAGUUUCAUCAGUUCCGAACUCAAAAUUUUGUUGUGUCAGAUAUCGCGCGCACUCAUCUGGAGAGUCAGUAAUUUGAUGCUUUCAAAUUCGUCAGCACAAGCAGUUACUGGAGACAUGAACGUCAAAUUGUCUGAUUUGGCAGUGAAUAUAUUACCGUUGUGGGUGACCUUUAUGAAGGAUCAAAAAGAGUGGGAUUUACUCUUCCAAAAGUUAAAUAUCUUCUAUAACAUCGACUUAUACGUGAAGGAGAUAUGCGAGAUAUUUAUUAGCAUAACACAGUUGUAUGUUAUCAAACAGUUGUACGUCGAAGAAUUUCCAAGUGUGGAGGAUCAAAAGAAGAUCCGACUGCCUUUUAGCAUCAAAAUAGCAAACACAAACAAAUUGAAUCAAUUCAAGGUGGAUACGAUGGAGACAGACCGGUUAUUCUUCUUUUGGCACAAAAUGUUUUUGCUCAUAUGUGACGCGUCGUGUAUAGCAACAGGAGAAAAUUUGGAGAAGUGGGUCGACACCAUGAAAGUGGUUGAAGAGACGUUUAUUGUAGCAGAUCAAUUGAUGAAACACAAAGAGAAUAUGGAGAAGUACGCCAUAUCAGUUCACGAGCAAUUCUUCCCAUUUUUUGUGUCGGUAUUUAGUGGACAAACAAACCCUAAAGUUGUAUUGAGCUCUAUAACUGCUUUGAUAGAAUUGACUGUGCUGCCUGUUGAAUAUAACGUUUGUGUGUACGACACAUUCUGUGGCUUCAUUUUAGCUGCGUUUGAGUUCUCACAAGACAUUGCAAACGAGAUCAUACCAAAAUUGGGGAACAUCUUUGUAUAUCGCCUCCCCGUGGAAUGUUUGAUCAAACCCAUCAUGAACUGCAUAAAAAUGUAUCAAUUUGAUAAAGUGACUCCAGACGAUGAAUUCAAUAUAUUACGACUCUUAGAAUCGAUUUCUCUCUAUGAUAAAAGGAAUGAUAGAGAGGGCAACGACACCUUUUUGAACUUACGAUUGACCACCGAGUGCUACACUAAUUUGGUUCGAGGCUUCAAGCAAAAUGCAACAAAGGAAUCUGUCUUGUGGGCGAUUGGGACGACAGUAGUACUUAACACCAUGAAAGUUAAAGAUGGGAAGGACUUUAUACCAUUAAUAGAUAUCAUGUUGUCUUCACUCAUUGAACUCCCAUUCUUGAGUGAAGUUGGUCUUAAAGUGUUGGUGUUUGUUGUCCGAGAGAUCGGCACACAGAACAAACAAAUAGUCGAAUAUAUCAUUGAGUUCUUGACAAACCAAGUUCUGGUGAAUAAUUUGGUCGACAAGAGAUUCUUCUUAUUUACUCUCAUCGAAAUAUUCCAAGCCAACGUGUACUUGUCGCUUGACUUCUAUGAGUCGACAACGGCAAUUUUGACGAAACUGAUUAACACCGAUUUGAAAGAAAAUAAUGACGUUUUGGAGGUUCUUGCAUCACUACUUUUUCGAUCUAUGAUGCAUCAACGACUCAGCGAAAAUAUUAACAGCCCAACUAGCGACACGACUUGGUGGAUGAUUGAAAAUUCGGUGAUUUCAGUGACACCACAACAAGGCGGAGAUGUCUCUGAAGUUGAGGUUCGAGACCCCACAGGCUCGUGGAGAUGUGUUGUGAAAGUCCCAGAAACGAAAGAGAAAAUUUCCACGGUAGAAGUCCCCAAAUUAGAAUUUAGUGGGAACGUCGAGUUUCAGAAGAAGGUGAGAAAAAUCCACAACGCCCUUUCUGUCAAACUUGCGAGUGAAGAGAGCCAGUUCAAGAACUUGCGGUGGGUCAAAGAAGAGAGUGUGAGUCGACAACAAAUCAAGGAGAAGACAAAGGAGAGUCAAAUGAAUGUGGCCUUAGAAGCACAAGUCCAGAGGUGUAUGGUGGACAUGGAGUUAAAGCCACGCAUCGAAGAGUUUAAAACACCGGAACAGAAAGUCGCUUUAAAGAAAGAAUGGGGAUACAUACUCUCAUUGAUGAUGCAAUACCCUACUAAGGUACGACCCGUUAUAAGGAGAAUAGACAGUACACAAGUCGACGAUAUCAUUCGACAAAUUGACACAAAUGGGAUGACACAGAAGUUACCAGUGAACGUCGAAGGCGAUGAAACAGACGAAAGCUUCAAGGCGUUUUUGAACGUCUUGUUCGAGAAAAACAUUCGGUGCCAAGUUGGUGUCACCAAAGAGAUAUGUCUUGACAAGACACACACAUCCACUUUCACAAUUGUCUGGGAAACUAAUGAUCGACUGAAUUUUCUCAAUACGAAAAAUGGGGUUGUUAUUGGUAUUCGCCCGAGAGGCGAUUCGGUGAUGGUUUUCAUUAACGCUGACCACGAAAUGACAAUCGGCCCACUUUAUGAUCGAAUGGUAGUUGGUGUUGAAUAUAUCAUUCCUUUACUUAAGGAAACUAUUCUCGCCUAUUGUUACCAACUUGAUCAAAGCAUCCUUGUAACACGUCUUGAGCUUAUUAGGAAAUUAAAAGCUGCAUGUAAAAUGGAUGAAAGUCUCGGAUCGUUCUAUCAGGAUGUUUCUUCUGCGUUUAUUGUUCCGAAUUAA